AUGCCGCAUGUCUACCACGGCCAGUGGUCUUUCGACGGCGACACCUUCUACGUCACCUCCUCAAGUGGGCAUGUCCACCGACGCGCGACAUACUCCGAGCUGGACGACAUUUUCAGCACACCAUUAGGCGACAGAAGAAACAGAGCCGACUACCAAGACGACUGGUACGAAGCCCAACUUCUCCAUUUUGGACUACCACCGACAAAAAGCAAAGCUACAGCCAAGAUGAGAUUGAUGGAUGCCUUCCAGGACGGAACACUAGAUGUCCCUGAGGAAAUACUCGAAAUGGAGCACAAACUGACAAGGGCCUGGAUGAAACAAGACUUGGAGGCCCGUAUCCUGGGUCCUUCAAUGCAGCCUCCACUCAAUCCUGAGAUUACCGGAGCUACGACGACUGACGCGAUUGAGCUUGGCGCUGCUCAGAGGCCAUCGGGUCAUGAGGAGGGAAGGUUAUUCGGCGCAAGCUUGGUUGGAGGAAGCGAGAUCAGCGGGUACUCCAGUAUCAGUGGGGAAUGGACGCGGACGACCGGCUUCGGAUGGGGAUUUGCAGCAGGUUGGAUAUCAGACGGUGCCUCUGUUGCACCAGACUACGUACAGAAUGGUGAGAUGGCUUUCCGUGUAUAA